CGGCGCCCGUAGCUCCAGACCCUGUGACGGGCCAGACUGUGCCUCCGCUGAGUGUAGCAGCUCGGGGCGUUCGAAAGGGCCCGGCGCGCGGGGCUGGGAGCGGCGGCGGCGGCGGCACCCGGAGCAGAGCGGCGGCGAUGGCUGAUUACUGGAAAUCACAGCCAAAGAAAUUCUGUGGUUACUGCAAGUGCUGGAUAGCAGACAACAAGCCUAGCAUUGAAUUUCAUGAAAGGGGAAAGAACCAUAAGGAAAAUGUGGCAAAGAAAAUUAGUGAGAUUAAAAAGAAAAGUAUGGAAAAGGCAAAAGAAGAAGAAAAAAUGUCAAAGGAAUUCGCAGCAAUGGAGGAAGCUGCACUGAAAGCAUAUCAAGAGGAUCUGAAAAGGCUUGGAGUUAAGUCAGAUUCUAUAGGUCCCAGUUCAACACAAAGUAAACAGGAGGAAAAGAAAGAAAAGAAGGAAAAGAAAAAAAGAGAAAAGACACCUCAGAAGCCAUCAGAUGAAACAAAGGAAUGGGUGCAAGGACUUUCCCCUGAGGGUUACAUGUAUUACUACAAUACUGUAACCGGAGAAUCACAGUGGGAGAAACCUGAAGGAUUUCGAGACAACUCUCGAAACUCACAAAUGACAGGAGUAUGGGUGGAAGGAGUCAGUGAAGAUGGUCAGACCUACUAUUAUAAUACAGAGACAGGAGUAUCAACGUGGGAGAAGCCUCAUGGUUUUGUUUCAUCUUCGUAUGAGAGCAAUAAAGAUGACAAUCAUCCUGAAGAACACACCACAGCGGAUUCAAAGGGAUCUGAAUCAGAUGCUGAGAAGGAUGGUAAUAAAAGUGAAGUACAAAAGCCAGAAACAAACUUAAAGAUGAAAAGAGACAGCGAUGAAGAAACAGAGGAAGAGAAGCCCCCCAAAGUUAAAAAGAUAAGCCCUUAUGGAGAGUGGCAGGAAGUUAAACAAGAAACUGAUGUUGCUCAGGAUGAGGCCCCGUCAGUUCCACAAGUUACCUCCCACAAUGUAUCUAAAAAGACAAACCCUUAUGGAAACUGGGAGACAGUUACAGAAAAGGAAGACCCAUAUGAAAAAGUGGACUUAGAGCUUCCCAGUACAGAGAGUGACUAUCUCCCUCUGCCAGUGCUCCAGGUUCCAGAGGAUGCAAAAAUGAUAUUUAAAGAAAAAACAGUCACCUCCCUUGGAGACCUGACAGAAGAGGUGCCGAUCUUCAAAAAGAGAAAAUUUGAAAAUGGAAAAUCUAGAAAUUUACGACAAAGACCAACUGAUCAGUAAUAAAUUAACAAAGCAUUUUAGAUGCUGUUUAAACGAGAGAGGGUCAAAAGUUACUAUUUUAAACAAGCUUUUUUUAAAGAAAAUGUUGGUUAGAAAUUAAGAAUUUAUAGUUAUUCAAAAAUGUAUUGAAUGUGGAUUGUAAUAAAUUUUUUAUUUUUAUGUUAAUGUGAUUAUAUUUUGUUUUCUGAAUGGAUAAUUGCACAAUUUAUGCAGUGUUGUAAAUACAUUUAUUUUUUAUUUUAA